ACUAUUUAAAAUCAUUCAAUGCAUUAAGUAUUUUAGAUUUUAUUUUGUGUCAACAUAUUGUUUGCACACAUUGGUACAUAAACAUACUUGAAAUAAUUCUAUAUUUAUUUUGUGUUAAUUUGCAUAUUUUAGAAGUUGGACGUAUAAAGUAAAGUGCACCACUAGUAACAACAAAUUUAUCUGAGUUGAAGGCAAUCAAAACGAACUAUUAAAUUGAAGAGAAUACCGAAUGCCCACAAAUACAAUCCUAUCGAGAAUGCAAACAACCAAUCAAAACAAUUACAUUACCGCCGAAGAUAUACCAUCUAUAGCAAAUAAGACCACCAGUAACCAAAUAGAAUCUAUUAAAAACUAUAAUGCUUUAAAAGCGGGCCACUCUUUAGGAGGUACGUCUGUAACAAAUAUGACAACGACAAAGAGCCACAAAUCAGCUUCUACACCGAUGGACCAGCAAUCACAAUUCGAGGAGGACAAUGAUAAUUGUAUGAUUGAUAUAGCCACAAUGCAAAUUGCUGACGACAGCAAUAAUGUAGUCAAGCCAACUGGCUCGAAUUCCAACAACUACAGCAGCAAUAAUAAAUGCACAUGUGGGGAUGAGCAGAGCGAUACGAGACCAAAGGCUACCGCCGUAGGGGAGCAACUGAAAUGUGCUGGGACGGAGGGGGACAGCGACAAUGAAAUCGAUAUGAAAACUACAAUCGAAAACGAAUGUGAAAAUGUAAAAAUUGAGGAUGGGCGGGAAGAUGAUAGUUUAGCGCACGACUACCUUAAUGUUUUGGAGAUCAACCAAGCUGAGGAGGAGCAAACCAUUACUGAACUCGUAGAUGCUAGUGGGCAAAGAAAGUGUAUAGAAGCCAAGCAAAGCAAUGGCAUGCGCGUCGCUUUUGGUAUAAUUUUUAGGCUAAUGCUGCCGCUGGCUAACAACGUUAUGCGCAGCUUCAAGGGCAUACGUGAUGUACGAUUUUUGCGUAUAUUGAAAUCUAUUGCUUCCAGCCGACAAGCACUCACCAACUUGAUGGCGUUUGCGGCCAAUACAAUAUCGCUGAAUUUGUCGUCGGUGCAAGUUUCUCAACGUAUCGAUCCAAUUCUGAAGCUUCUCAAAAUACGUAAGUCCCCCGAUGGCAUUGAAAGUCUACCAGAUACGCCGUCUAUUAACAGUAUAUCCUGGUUUCCCACCUCCGCAAUAUCUACACCGCCGCCGACUCCUAAAACGCCUAGCACUCCUACUAUGCCAUUUCUUUCACCUUCAUUUCGUGAACCUUCGGGAGUGAUGCCUGCUUUUUCUACCAGCAAGCGAAAAACCACAAUACCACAGACGCCCGCGCCAAAAUGCUGUACAUUAAAGGUGCUGGCUGAACCGCCACCAGGGGAGCCCAUACGCGCCGACAUUGUCUUCAUACACGGGCUGCAUGGUUCUUUGGUAAAUACAUGGAAGCAGGGUUUAUGGGAGAACGAACGUCAACCGGAAGGUUUCGAACGGCCACCAAAACCACCAGUACGACCACCUAAACGGCCAAAGCAUUCACGUGCGGUCUUAUUGCAUCCACCACACAAGCAAAAACGCGCGCGAUUCGCGCACAGCGACUCCAAUCAGCGGGCAACACAAGAGCAAAUGGAGUGUGCUGAAGUUAAAGAUUUGGAUGAUGGCUUCUUCGACGCAACUGAACAAGAAUUGAGAAAUGGUAUUUCCUAUAUUUGUGGCGCGCCACAAGAUGUAAAAAACUGUGAUGGCAUCGAAUACAGUUUUC